AUGGAUUCCGAGCAUGAACAGAUGCCGUCGAGUUCAGGAUAUCCAAGGACUAUCAUCUGCAGAAUCCAAGGUUACGAAAUUUAGGACGCAUUACGACAUGCCUUUUUCAUCCAUUAAUGGGGGAAGAAAUGGGAUCCUCUGAUUCAAAACUAGGGUUCUAAGGAAAGUCACUACUAAGUUUACAUGGGUACUAAUUUUAUGAGACAUAUUGAGGUUACGACAGGUUAUACGUGUUCAGAGGAUCAACUCAGGAUUUUUCCAAAAGAGGGCCACUGAGGUAGGAAUCUACCCCCGUAAUCCAUUGGACUAAACGAGGAUUAGCCCGUGGUUUCUAUCGAUUAUUAGGAGGCACACGAAGCUUCAUAAGGUUACUAAUAUUGACGAACAGUGAAGAACUGAUGGCCAAGAACACAAUAUCAAUAGGCUAGUUUGCAACGAUUGUGCUUCUAUCAGCCACCAACAAGCUGGAAGCAGCUGAGGUGAGAAUUCCUCAGAACGAUGAAGUGAAUCCCUGAGAAAGAUGAUGGCACCUGAACCUGAUCCUGGCUAAAAUAGUUACUAAAAUUGGAAUCGUCCGAACACCAUUACCCAGUCGGAUCCCUCAUCAGUCUCAGCCAGUCUUCUUAACUUGCGUACUUACCCAUUUCCUCCUCUUCGUUCUGCUUUUGCUGCUGGUAGCUGACGUGACUCUGUGUAUAUACUUUUAACAGGGUCUUCUGCCCGUGCCCAGUUGGAUCUCCUGGAGCAAUUGGCAUCUGGAAGUGGUAUAUUUAUUUAUUGGCAUUUUUUCCUUUUGGAAAUUAUGAAUAUCAUUAUUCUCUCAUUUAAAAGCACACCAUUACUAUUUUUUCUGAGAGAAAUAACCACUUUGUAAGCGUUUUCUAAGAAAAUUUUCUUCCAUGAGCGGUUUAUAUAUAUAUAUAUAUUACUAACUUUGGAAAUCAAGAAUACCAUGAUUCUCUAACUUUGGAAGCUUUUCUAAUGAAAAUAAGCUUCUGUGAGCAGACUCAGAGAGCGAGGAAGGCUUCUAUAGGCCAACGAUUCGGGAGCGGCUCUCUCUUCUUGUGGAUGGUAGGAUCGGCGACUUCACCAUCCCCCUGGGGAAGCGGCUUGAUGUGAGGAAGAUUUCGCUCACCAUCUCGCAGAAGAGGAACAUCAAAAGGCAGGCCUACCUGAACAAGGUCUCCCGGAGGAACGACUCCCAGUUCUUCGCCACAAUCGGGGCAUUCGUUCUUGUCCCACCGUUGCUCAUACUUGCCAUCGGCAUACUCACUGGCUACAUCCAGCUCUUCCCAUGA